AUGGCGUUCUCCGGCCAUCAUCGUAAUGCAUCCCAGGGCCAACAGUUGAUUGGGGAACGCUAUGAAAGCGGAGACGAAGAAGGUGGCGAAAGCUUGCGAACGACAGCUUCUCCUUGUCAUCCCAUGACUUCGAUGGCUGCGUCUUCUCCCUCAUAUACACCAUCUACCAGUAGUAUUACAACAAAUCCGGCCCCAAGGCAGUACUGUUCGGAUCCAAAGCUUCGGGACAAUAUGAAAGUAGUCGUUGGUUCUGUUAUACUUACCAUUCUUGGAAGUGGUCAGUGUCUUGUUGUUAUUAGAGAGUUUUCAGUUUGUGGAAAUUUACAUGGCUGGAUAUUCCUUUUCGCCGGUUUUUUGUUUUUUGUCCCUGGAGCUUACCAUGUCGUUUACAUAACAUGCACAGUUUGUGGACGUCCUGGUUAUUCGCUUAGCAAUUUGCCGACGUUUAAUAAAUGA